CUCGCCCCCGAGCUUCUGUGCUUCCAGGUCAGGUCCGGAUCUGACUGGUAUCCUCGACUGCCUCAGAGGGGUCAUUUCUCUCUUCAGCACAUUGAGUUCAGGAGUUGAUUAUACUCAGUAUCUAGCUGCGUAGGGAUCCAAGCAGCUUUCCCAAUCCGACUCGGAAACUGAGGCUUUUUUGCCCCGGCCGGACCCAGUCAAGACAGCCAUUUAGCGUUCGAACAGGAUGUUGCAUCCAUUUCUAGAUGUUAGCAAUUUCAACCUCGUCCUCUCUGUCACAGGCCUCUACAUUCUGCUAUUUGGUUUCAUCUCAUUAAAGAUCAAGCAAAGGUGGUACCUUGGUGAAGCUUUGCCUGCCUUUAUUAUUGGCAUUUCAUUUGGGCCAAUCGGCGCGAAGUUUUUGAACGUAUCCCAAUGGGGAGGCAAUGAUGACGAUGAGACCAGCGAAAUAGCCUAUGGCCUAACACGUCUGGUUAUCGGUAUUCAGUUAGUCAAGGUUGGAUAUGAACUUCCCAAGAAGUACUUGAGGCAACGUUUGGUGGAGAUGAUCAUCUGCCUACUUCCGUUGAUGACCAUAUCGUGGCUUGCAACCACUGCCUGUGUGAAGCUUAUGAUCCCACGCAUAUCCUUUCUCGCAGCGCUCAUCAUAAGCGCUUGUGUCACCUGUACCGAUCCCGUUUUAUCCCAGGCGAUAGCGAAAGGCCCCUUUGCUGAUAACUAUGUCCGUCGGCCACUACGAGAAUUCAUCUCCGCGGAAGCAGGUGGAAAUGACGGAUUCGGAUUUCCUCUCCUGUUGCUUGGAGUUUCGCUCCUACGAUAUGCGGAAGCGCCAGCCAAUACUCUUAGCCUAGAGGAAUUUGACCUGGAACGGGGUAUACCAGAUGUGCUCGGGACAACUGGGGUUGGACGCUUCGGCGGCGGCGCUGGUAUCGCGCUGAAACACUGGGCUAUCGAAGGGGUUUUAUAUAUGAUCCUUGUGGGUGCGGCUUACGGUGCCGUUGUGGGAUUUACGUGCCAGAAGCUUUUGAACAAAGCAUCUGAGCGGCGGUGGAUCGACAAUGAGAGCUUUACAUUGGCCCCCGUGGCGAUCGGAUUGCUCAUUGUUGGUACCUGUGGCUGUUUUGGCUCAGAUGAAACACUCGCUUGUUUUAUUGCAGGGUGCGUCUUGAACUGGAACGGGCUUUACCAUGAAGAGAUGCAAGCUCGGCACGACUCGUUCAACUCAACAAUAGAGACGCUUCUGAAUUUCUCGGCGUUCAUGUUCCUGGGGGCGACCAUGCCAUGGAAAUCCUUCCAACGGCCCUAUGAUACGGGAAUCACGCUCUGGAGGUUGUUUGGAUUGGGCUUCAUGAUCCUGGCGUUCCGGCGCAUUCCAUCGAUUCUGCUUGGAUACCGAUUCAUGCCCAAGGUUUGCAGCAACUGGAAGGAGGCGCUGUUCCUGGGACAUUUCGGGCCGAUCGGGGCUGGUGCAGUCUCGUAUGUAGAGUAUACUCGCCGACUGUUCCCGCCUCCCGGGCAAAGCGAUAGGGAGAUCAAUAAUAUGACUGCUGCUAUGGUACCAGUUGUCUACUGGCUGGUGCUGUUCUCUAUUGUUGCUCACGGACUAUCUGUUCCCGCGCUCAACCUACUCUACCAAGUCUUCAAUGUGCCCCGAAUCUACGAUCAUCCUGUGAGCGUUGUCCUCCUGUCCGAAAACGAGCCUCUUCCGAACAACAGCACGAUUGAUCCUCAACGUCACUCGAUGAUCAUCAACAACCGGUUUUCGCGUCCCUCAGAGAGUGACGGUGAAGAGGAAAGCAAAGAGGAUACGGAAACGAUGCUUAGAUCUAGAGAGGAUAGUCCAGCUGGUAGAAGCAUGGAGCGACUCUCCAUCCAGUCCGGGCGGUCAGAUAGAACCGUGAACAUGAGAAACAUGGUUUAACCCAGUCUUCUACAGUAAUCACCUACGGAUCAACAGGAAGUCAAGAAUCUCACUCAUGUCUCAUUCAUCGUCACCGUCAUCAUCGUCAACAUAAAUAUCAGGGACCUC